AUGUCAACAUCCAUGGGGUUGAGGUGGUCCGGUCGGGAGAUUCGGAGGGUCCACAGCAAAGUGGUUGUCGGUGCCGGAAAUGGACGACACUUCUCCCAUCACACCUUGAAUUCUCGGUCAAUCCGAAGACCAGACGCACACUCAAGUCGACUGAACUCGUCACAGCAAGUGCGAUCGCUUUCCCUGUUUGGCUGGGGCUCCAGCAAGCCCUCCGGCGAGGUGGCACAGCCCUCUGCUCAAUCGACUCCUCCGCCUGCAGUAGAGAGCACUGCGCAACCGACGAUCGAAUCAAUACGAACAGUCAAGGCCUCACACUCCACCUCAGACGCUGCCGAACCAGACGCUCUGCAAAGCAUCGAAAAAUCGGUUCUGCAAACUCAAGAAAAUACAUCCGCAGCCACCGCGGCAGCAGCCAGUGACACACCGGACCUAGCCAGCGUCCCCGAAGGUAUUGGAUAUUUGAAAGAUGUCUGUGGCCUUGAUUUCGGUACGGGUCCGACCGCUCUCAUGGAGUUCUGUCUGGAACACAUCCAUGUCACCGGCGGAUUGUCCUGGACGGCCUCGAUCUUCGCCCUUGUGCUCCUCAUCCGAGGUUCAAUUCUUCCGUUUGCCAUCUCGGCGUCCGACAUGACUGCCAAAUUCCAGGAAAUCAGUCCCCUCAUCAGACAAAUACAAGCAAGGAGUCAAGAGGCGUUGGCCAACCAUGAUCGCACGGCGGUCUUGGAGGCACAGAUGCAAAUGAGAGAGCUCAGGAAGGAUGCGAAGCUCUCUUUCACAAAGAUGUUCCGGCCCAUAUUGUUUCAGAUUCCCCUUGGUUAUGGAGCGUGGAAUCUUCUGAGGAACUGCUCCCAUUUACCCGUGCCGGCGUUCGAAGCAGAACACUUUCUAUGGUUAAGUAAUAUAGCCGUGACCGAUCCAACCUAUAUCUUGCCUAUAACCACGGCAGCACUGACGUGGGUCAACUUGGCCACGACUCAAAGAUCGCAGGGCGGACAGUCUCAGCUUCCCGGGAUGGGCGUGGUGCGAAACAUCAUUCCUCUCAUUACAGGCGGCUUCCUCGCAUUUCAACCCGCCUCUGUUCAGAUCUAUUUCCUGAUCAACAGCUUCUUCACCCAGCUACAAGUUACGGCGCUGCAGAACGAAUCUUUCCGACGGCUGCUGAAACUGACCCCGCUGCCGCACCACAGAGCCGCCUCGUCCGGGACCACCACUCCAUAUUCGCGGAUGAACGUCCAGCCGACCGUGAUCACCACCACUGCUCGAACCACUACUGCUGCUGCCGCUGAGCCAACCCCAGCUCCAGCUCCAGCAGCGGAUCGCAGUAUCAUCGACAAAGGGGUCGAUUCAGUGAAAAAUAUGGGGAAGAAGGCGUGGGAAAAUGUGUCAGGCUCCUCCAAAGAGCAAAUGGAAAAGAAAAUGAAGGAGAAACAACUGGAGAAACAAAAAGAAGCUGCAGCAAAGUACGAGGCCCAGCGAAGGCAGGACCUGGAAAUUCAGCGAUCAUACCGGAAUUCCGUCGCGAAAGGACAAGUGCCUAGUCCAGGGACCCCAAAAGGAAGAGGCGAGAAAUGA